CUGCAUUCUUGUCCUCUCUCCAGCUCUCACACAUCCUGUCUUCCUCCUCUUCUUCUCCUCCAACAGUCCCAUAGACUCGGCUUUCGUCUUCCCUACGCAAGACUCUCUCGAUAAAAAACACCCUUUACAUCCUCCUUACGUACCCAUAUCAUCAAUCACCAUGUCUCUCAAGGACGACGCUUUCCCCUCCUCCGCCGCGUUCGACAUCAUCAACGCUACUCUCCAGAACAGCGAGGAGGACCGCAAGGAGGCCAUCGAGAAGGCGAAGACCAUCGUCGGUAUCACUCUCAAGAACUCCAAGGGCCAGGAAGCCAGCUGGUACGUCGAUGUAAAGGAGAAGGGUGUUGCAGGCAAGGGCCCUGCUCCCCCUGGAGGAAAGGCUGAUGUCACCCUCAUCCUCUCCGAUGCUGACUUCGGUGCUCUCGUCACCGGCAACGCCAAUGCCCAGCGUCUUUUCAUGGGCGGCAAGCUCAAGAUCAAGGGUAACAUGAUGAAGGCUACCAAGAUCGAACCUGUUUUCAAGAAGGCUCAGAGCAAGGCCAAGCUAUAAAUUACGAAUAUUAAUUUUUUUUCUACCUUCUAUCUUCGUUUUUCAAUUCCUUCUACUUGCUUUUCGGGGUGGGGGGUUACUUCCUGCCGUUGUCGUGCGGUGUUACUGUCAUACCCCGGAGGAGGUUGAAGAUAAUGGGCUGAGAGUGGAUAAGAAGGGGAGUGCUCUGCUUCAUUGCGAGCCAAGGAUGCUGGGCCUGUUAUGCGCAUAUAACAUAACGACCAGUGUUUAUAUACUACCUGUUGUAUGAUAUCCGGGUUUCCGUCAUCUGUAUUCAAUAGGUUUAUGGAUGUCGUCAUCGAGCUAAUUGAAAAUCGUU